AUGGCAUCGCCAUCCCGGACCUUUCAGCGGGGCGUAUCCUUGCUGGUUGUGAUCGCCGCCGUCGCGCUCUUCGUGAACGGAUACCUGUACCAGACAAGGAAGCCCCACCUCGGCGAGCUCUUGGCCCGUAACCACGAGAAGACCAUCAUAGCCACGUAUGAUGCACGGGAGAUGGCCGUCGAUGCUUUGAAGAACACCGCAUAA